AUGUCGUCUGCAAACCGUGGUGCAGGCCCUUCCCGGAGCAACAAGCGUGCUAGAGACGAUGAGUCCUCGCCGGCGCACCCGCCAUCGACUCCAAUGGACAUGGCUUCUUCUCCGCCCCUGAUUCCGCAGGAUGACGAUAUGUUGGAUGAGGACAACAUCUAUCGCGAUGUAGAUGACUUAGAUGAAGAAGCCGAGGAAGGAGCUGGCAUUGAUCUGUUCGACGACAGGUUUGAUGGCGAGCUCUUUGCCAAUCAAAACAAUCAAAAUUACGAGGGGUCCGAUAUUGACGAUGAGGGAGACUAUGAAGAUCUCGGCAUGGGCGCCAGACGGGAAAUUGACCGCCGACUUAAUCGACGUGAUGCCGAAGCACGGCGCCGCAUACCGGACGCCUUUUUGCCGGACGACGAGGAAGGCGGCAUCGGUGAGCUCAUUAGGGGAGGUCGCCGGCAACGCCACCGCUACGACGAGGAACAGGAUGAUAUGGAUCUAGAUGGCGACAUCAUGGCCGAGGAAAUGUCUCUCGAAGCGCUUCAGGACAUCAAGGCGAACACUUUGACUGACUGGGUAGCUCAACCUGUCGUCGCAAGGUCUAUCGCUCGUGAGUUCAAGGCAUUCCUGACCGAGUACGUGGACGACCAAGGCAUUUCUGUAUACGGCGAUCGUGUCAAGACCCUUGGUGAGAUCAACGCCGAAUCUCUGGAAGUGUCUUUCGAUCACCUCACGCAGAGCAAAGCUACCCUUGCUUACUGGGUUGCCAAUGCUCCCACGGAGCUGCUGAAGAUUUUCGACCAGGUUGCUAUGGAAGUGGUGAUUCUACAUUACCCCGAUUACGAGCGUAUCCACUCCGAGAUCCACGUUCGAAUGACAGAGAUUCCCAUGGCCUUAACCCUUCGCCAACUCCGCCAAACGCAUCUAAACAACUUAGUCCGUGUUAGCGGAGUUGUCACGAGAAGAAGCGGUGUCUUCCCCCAGCUCAAAUAUGUGAAAUUCGACUGCGCCAAGUGUGGAACCACCCUUGGGCCCUUCCACCAGGAUUCAAACGUUGAAGUUAAGAUCUCGUUCUGCUCCAACUGUCAAUCUCGGGGCCCAUUCAGUGUAAAUUCGGAGCGAACCGUCUAUCGCAACUACCAGAAGCUCACUCUCCAAGAGUCGCCUGGCACUGUUCCGGCUGGUCGCUUGCCCCGUCACCGAGAGGUGAUACUGCUUUGGGAUCUCAUCGACUCAGCAAAGCCGGGAGAGGAAAUCGAAGUCACCGGAAUUUACCGAAACAAUUACGACGCAUCGCUGAACAACAAGAACGGUUUCCCAGUGUUCGCCACUAUCAUUGAGGCUAAUAAUGUUGUCAAGUCUCAUGACCAGUUGGCGGGUUUCCGAUUGAGCGAAACAGACGAGCAGCAGAUUCGACAGCUAUCGAAGGACCCGAACAUUGUGGAGAAAAUCGUGAACUCCAUUGCGCCUAGCAUCUACGGACAUACGGACAUCAAAACUGCAGUAGCUCUGUCGUUGUUCGGUGGUGUCAGUAAAGAGGCCGCUGGACAUCACGCUAUGCGUGGUGACAUCAAUGUCCUCUUAUUGGGAGACCCAGGAACAGCCAAAUCCCAAGUGCUCAAGUACGUGGAAAAGACUGCCCACCGAGCUGUCUUCGCUACUGGUCAAGGUGCCUCUGCUGUCGGUCUCACAGCGUCCGUUCGCCGAGAUCCCAUGACCAGUGAAUGGACUUUGGAAGGUGGAGCUCUUGUGCUUGCAGAUAAGGGCACGUGUCUAAUCGAUGAAUUUGACAAAAUGAACGACCAGGAUCGUACGUCGAUCCACGAGGCCAUGGAGCAACAGACCAUCUCAAUUUCCAAAGCUGGGAUUGUCACCACACUCCAGGCACGUUGUGCUAUCGUCGCUGCUGCCAAUCCCAUCGGUGGACGAUACAACUCUACUAUCCCAUUCUCACAGAACGUUGAGCUCACAGAACCUAUUCUGUCUCGUUUCGACAUUCUUUGUGUCGUACGUGAUACGGUCGAUCCCAGCGAAGAUGAACGCCUCGCCAAAUUCGUCGUCAAUUCCCACGCCCGUUCCACUCAGCACCAAAAUGCGGCCUAUGCUACAGAAGACGGAAACGGCAACGUGGAGUCUCAUGAGAGUAUGGAGGUGGAUGCUCAAGCGGACCAAGCACCGAAAGGGGACAUACCACAGGAGCUGCUCAGGAAAUAUAUCCUCUACGCGAGGGAGAAGUGCCGACCCAAACUAUACCAGAUCGAUCAGGACAAGGUGGCUCGCCUUUUCGCUGAUCUACGAAAGGAGUCGAUGGCUACUGGUGCUUACCCAAUCACUGUUCGUCAUCUGGAAGCCAUUAUUCGUAUCUCAGAAUCCUUCUGUAAGAUGCGCCUGUCGGAGUAUUGCUCGGCCGAAGACAUCGACCGCGCCAUCGCUGUCACCGUCGAUUCGUUCGUAGGUUCCCAGAAGGUCAGCGCGAAGAAGUCCCUUGCCAGAGCCUUCGCGAAGUACACUCUCAACCGACCUGGUGCCGUUCGUAAGCCAGCUAGAGCGGGCCGGCAGGCUCAACGGGCAGCUGCAUAA